GAGAAAAUCGGGGUUCGAAAAGCACAAACAGCAGGAUUUCUCGACUAAUCAAACAGCGCCACGCGCAUCGCAGAAAGAAGUUUCUUCAUCGAAGAAGACUUGAUCAGAGAUAAAACUCAUCAAUUCUCUUUUAGCUUCGAGAAAAAAACACAGAAAUUCAAGAUAACAAUAAAAAAAGAAGAAGCAGAGAGAUCGGUUUCUUUACCUUUUGAUUUUGCUUUGAUCAAAAGCCUUUUCUUCAAAAUCUACAGUUCCUAGUCUGUAUAGUUUUUUAUCAACAACUUCGAUCAAAGCUAUGUUCAAGUUCUGGGGUUCUCAGGAGCAACAAGGUCAACCGCGGCCACAAGAUGUUCCUGCACCACAAUCUUGGUACCCUUCAUCUGUAGUCAGCUCUCCCAAUUCCUCGCGUCCUACUACGCCAAGUAGUAGCUCUUCUAGCAGCUAUGGUUUACAACGCCCGCAGUCUCCUUCACAUGUUUCACCUGCUGAAGCAGCUGGUGUUAUUGCACUUCUGAAAGAUAAAAGUGUUGAUGAGUUACGGAAGCUAUUGUCUGACAAGGAUGCGUACCAUCAGUUCUUACUUUCUCUUGAUCAAGUUAAAAUCCAAAAUAAUAUAAGAGAUGAGCUGCGCAAAGAAACUUUACAGCUGGCUAGGGAUAACUUGGAAAAAGAACCGCAGAUAAAUGAGCUAAGGAACCAGUGCAGAAUAAUACGGACAACUGAGUUGGCUACUGCUCAAGAGAAAUUAAAUGAACUGGAAAAACAGAAAGAAGAGAUGUUAAGAUCGUGCUCUCCUGCAUCCCUUCUCCAAAGGCUUCAAGAAGCAAUAAAUAAGACAGAUGAGGAAUCCGAAAUCCUGCACAAACAGCUUCUUGAUAGGGAGAUAGAACUUUUAGCAUUUGUGCAGAAGUACAAAAAACUCCGUGCCACCUACCACCGACGAACACUUAUCCAUCUUGCAGGAAAAACAUCUUCAACUGGGUGACAUAGAAGUUGAGUGCAAUGCGUGUAUCAAUAUUCUUACAUACAUAUCGCGCUUUCAGCAUGUUCUUGUAAAAUAUCAUCAUAUUUAUCAUGGUUCUGUCUGUAUUUUUUUUCACCUGUUGGUUUAAUGGAAGCUGUUAUUAAAGGAAACUUGGAAACAAUUGAUACUUCGUCAGGGAUCAGCCCAUCUGAUGUAUAAGACAUGCAGAACACCAUUUGUAUUUUUCUGCUAGCAAUUGUUCCUUUAUAGAGUGAAAUUUUCAAAUUGAAUCUGCAGUUCAA